ACAGACUGACCAACGUUUCCCAAUCGGGUUUAGGGUUUAAAGCAGUUGGGGUUAAUUUCCGCCCAGUGGUGGCCGUUCAUAUUAAGUAGCCCUCAACUUUUCUCUGCCGACAGCCGUCGUCAUGUCUAACAACAAUGCCAGCAACAACUUAAUUAUCGCUCAAAGGGCUGUGAAGCAACUCCGGUUAGAGGCCAGUAUCCGGAGGAUUAAGGUGUCCCAGGCUGCUGCUGAUCUGAGAAACUUCUGUCUGCAAAAUGCCUCCAAGGACCCUCUCCUGGUCGGGGUCCCCUCCAGUGAUAAUCCCUUCAGACCCCCCAAAUCCUGCUCCCUGUUCUGAGAAAGAAAGGUGGAGGAUUUCUGAAUUUUAUCCGUCGAAGGCUUUCUUCACUUCUACGUGAUGUCUUGGGAUGAUGCAACACGGGACUGAUGGGUUCGGGGGAGGGAAUUUUCCACUUGUUUGCCAAAACUAAUGGUAUCAUAACUCCCAUCUGUUACAUUAAAGCAGGGCCAAACUCUACAUGUUCAAAAAAAAAAAAAUAUGUUAUUGACACUAACUUGACUAAUGAUUAAGCCGUUCUUGAUUUACCUAGUACUUGACACGUCCAGUUUAAAUUUCCUGACGUAAUGGUAUCUGUCCAGUCAGUGAAAUUCAGCCCAUGUGAUUGGCUACUGAACAUGCAACUUCCUCUUGUAUUUUGUGUGGCAGGUGGAGAAAAAAAAUCAAACAUUAAUUUAAACCAGGUGCUGUUCAGGAAUAAGAACAUGUUCUGUUAUAUACUGUAUUUCAUAUUGUGGCCAACAGACACACUGAUAGCUUUUGAGCUAAACUGAUUGGUGUCUUAAACUAUUCAUGUAUUUGUGGCAAUGGUAAAGGUAUUACUACUAUUCUGAGGUACAACAUGGUACAGACUUUAACCCUGUCAGUGCAGGGCAUGUGAUUGUCCAAUAACCUUUCAUCCUGUCUUUUUUUCUGUAUAUAAUUAACAGCCUGCUAAGGUUGCUUUUAUUAGCCUAUAUGUUCCUAUAUUUAAUUUAAAACAAAAAAAACAAACAAAAAACACACACACACACAUCAAGGCCUUACACUAUUUGGGUAGUGCAACCUGGUAGCAAAUGUAAUGUGUAUCACUUUAGAUACACAAUUGGCCAAACAGCAAAUGUUCAUAUAUCUGUUCAAAACUUCCAAAUAUUGUUUGUGUUUAGUGAAUCAUGCUGCAUUGACUUGUUAUAAUCGUUUUCCACACUGGAAUCAUAUUCCAAUCAACCAAAACUUUCACUACUGUUUUCUUAACUUUGCUACUGUGGGCAACAUUUUAGAAAUUAAAUUACUUUUUCGGACACUGA